GGAAUUGAAUGAUAGAUGGCACUCGAUCGACCCAUAUUGCCGAGAAGCUUUGCCUCGUCUAGCUUAAACAUGCUUCAUCAUCCUUGCUUUCUGCACUUGCAGUAUCUCAUCCUCGUGCUUCUCCUGCUGUCUGUGUGCUGGGCCACUGACGCCGCCGUAGCUGACGGCGGCGAGUUCAUCGUCGAUGGUUUCUCCAGUUACGACUACCUUACCAUGGACGGUGACGCUUCAGUCGCCGACGGCCUCUUGAUGCUAACCAGCGGCCGACUCGCGCACUCAAAAGGUCACGCUUUCUACCCUUACCCUCUCCAUUUCACAGAUGUCUCAAAUGGCUCCUCCCUGGCAUCCUUCUCUACAACAUUUCUUUUCUCCAUUAUGGGGCCUUACAUUGACAUUAGCUCCGAUGGUCUUGCAUUUGUGCUUUGUUCCAAUAAAGAUUUCUUUAGCGCCUCUCCUGCCCAGUAUCUUGGCCUUCUCAAUCCCUUGAAUAACGGUAACGCAACAAAUCAUAUCGUUGCUAUCGAGAUUGAUACCAUACAGAACGAUGAGUUACAAGACAUUGACAGCAACCACAUAGGGGUUGACAUAAACGGCCUGAUUUCAGUUGGGUCGGCAACGGCAGGUUACUAUACCCCUACUCAUGCGUUUCAUAAGUUGAGCCUCAUCAGUGGACAGCCCAUGCAGUUGUGGGUGGACUACGACAGCAACCAAGCCAUGAUAAAUGUCACAAUGGCCCCUUGCUGCCUCUCCAAACCCAGCCGGCCGCUGCUAUCAGUCGCAUGUAAUCUGUCAACCGUUUUGCCAGGAACGGAAGUUUAUGCUGGAUUUUCCUCAGCGACUGGCCCAAUUCCCAGCAGACAUUACAUUCUGGGUUGGAGCUUCAAGCUCAACGGAGAACCUGCAGCACUCAACUACCCCGCCUUAUCCAUCAAGACUAUCCAAGAACUUGCAGCGCAGCUUCAAUAUCAGCCACACACACACACCAACAAGAUCAAGACAAUAAUAUUAUGUGCAGCUCUUUUGCCAACUGUUGGUAUCGCCAUAGCUGUUUCUGCCACUCUUUUCAAGCUCUAUAUGAAGAGGCGAUUAGAUGCAAGAAGAAAUGAACUGGAGUGGCAGAGGGAGUACGGACUUCCAUCCUUCACCUACAAAGAUCUACUGAUUGCCACAAGUGGAUUCAAGGACAAGAUGCUCCUUGGUAAAGGAGGUUUUGGGAGUGUCUUCAAGGGACUACUUCCCCAUUCAAAUCGGACAGUUGCUAUUAAGCGGGUGUCGCCAGAGUCGAAGCAGGGGAUGAAGGAGUUCAUGGCCGAGAUCGUCAUCCUUGGUCAUCUCCGCCACCGCAAUCUUGUCCAACUGCUUGGUUAUUGUCGGCACAAGCAACAACUCCUUUUGGUGUAUGACUAUAUGCCCAAUGGAAGCCUUGAUUGCCACUUACACACCCAAGAUCGCAAUCUAUGCUGGGCUCAAAGGUUCCGCAUCAUCAAAGGCAUUGCAUCCGGUCUUUUCUACCUACACGAGGACUGGGAGCAGGUCGUCAUCCACCGGGACAUCAAGACCAGCAACGUCCUCCUUGACGGGGAGAUGAAUGCAAGGCUGGGUGAUUUCGGCCUCGCAAGGUUCCAUGCUCAUGGAGCUGACGCUCACACAACACGUGUGGCAGGAACGUGGGGUUACAUCGCCCCCGAGCUGGCUCGGCUUGGCAAGGCAACCAAAGCGACCGACAUCUUUGCCUUGGGCGUGUUGAUGAUGGAGGUGGCCUGUGCAAGGCGGCCGAUCUGGGUGAACAGCGCUGAUGGAGAGCCUCUUGCGCUGGCAGACUGGGUGCUUGCGGCAUGGCGACGUGGCUCCAUUACUGACGCCAUCGACCCGAGACUGGAUGACUAUGUGGAGGAGGAGAUAGAGGUGGUACUGAAGCUUGGCCUACUGUGUUGUCACCCAUCGCCGAACGCCAGGCCUCGCAUGCGCCUUGUGAUGCAGUACCUUGACAGGGAUGCAGCGCUCCCAACAGACUUGCAACCUGAUACUUUGCUGAUGAGCAACUUUGAUGUGAGCCAGGAUGAUAAUGAAAUGCACGAGCAGCAUGCCAUGUCAUGUCCAACGACGGCUAUAACCGAUCUUUCCAGAGGAAGGUGAUUGAAAUUCUUGUGCUACUUCGUGAUAGUUACGACAAGAUCGUGCUCUUGCUUGGUGUUGGUUGCUUUAUAGAGCUGCUUUUGCUGCUCAUCUGAUGUGCUGCUCUAUGGCAGAGUUUCAAUUAAUCCCUUUGGCGUUUGUAUCAAAUCCUGUAAUAUUGUCCACUCCAUAAUGUGCAUUUUGACUAGAGCAUUUUUCAUUUGAGAUUAUAAUAUUCUAUACCUAUAGUAAUA